AUGGGCAUAAGAGCGGCGUGGAAGGACGAUCUGAAGGCGACGGCGGCCGAGCUGGUAUAUGGAGAGACGCUCAGACUGCCAGGACAAUUUUUGAAUAAGCAGCUCGGCGAGGAGAGAGACGCCAGCAAUUUCGUGGAGGAGUUGCGACGUCAUUUCGAGGAGGUCCGGCCGAUCGAGAUCACGCAGCACGGAGAACGACGCCCGUUCGUAUUCAAGCAGCUGGGAACCACGGAGAGCGUGUUUGUUCGGCACGACGGGCCGAAAACACAGUUGCAGAUGCCAUACGAUGGGCCCUACACGGUGGUUCGACGCGGCGAAAAAACCUUUGUCGUGCGCAUGCACGGCAAAGAGCAAACAAUAUCCAUCGACCGUUUAAAACCAGCAUAUUUAAUUUCAGAAAAACAGGCUAACGAAACGUCGCCGACGGCAAGGACUCCUGGAGACAAAGAAAUGAGACUGGACCCGGAGCAGUCGAAUAAGGUGCAGCCAGCAAAGGAAGGACGAGAGACACGAACGAAGAGCGGUCGAAGGGUCCGAUUUCCGGACCGAUAUACGAUGUAA